UGGGAUCAGAAUAAACCUGAUACAAUUUUGCAGUUAAUGGGCUCAAAUGAAAUUCUAUGAUUGUGGUCUUUUAAGAGGUCAGUAAUAACCUUUUUUUUUUUUUUUUUUUGCCUGAAUUAGCAAAAUUACUGAACCCAUUCCACCACCAUCCCAGGAGUUCUAUUCCAAAACACUGCUGUAGUAAGAGAAAUCCAUAUAUAGACACACCCUGUUUAAAUACUCCCGAGGUAUUUGCUGAACUUCUUUAAAGGUCUUUAAACACACUUAAAAUAAUAUGAACACAUUUCAACGCAAUACAUGGUGAGCACGAGUAAUAGAUAGCAAAAAUAUAAGCAAUGCAAUAAUGCACCAAUUCUUCUGUUUAUAGUAAAUAUUGGUUUUUUCAAACAAACUUAUCUCUCAGUAUACAUCAAUAAUCAUGCCCAAAGAUGUACAUUAUAUAUUCAAUUAUUAUAACAAAUAUUGUUGCUUUCUGUGGCUGUGCUGAAAUGCUUCCUGUUUUUCUUCUUUUAAAUUGAUACAAUUUUCAUAUAAUGUCCUGCCAUCUAUUGGUCAACAGUGGAAUUGCAUCCAAUAUAAACAAGCGUUCAACUAAGUUUCCAACUGCACAAUUUUUUAUUUAUUUUUUAAAUUGCAAUAGCUGCAGUAUGACCUAAUGGUAUUUAAAGGUUACUUGCAACACUCUGUAACAACCAGUGUGUUUUGAGAUGAUCUCCCAUAAUAGGUCUCGGUGGGCACAAGUGUGGAACACAGCCUGGGUGAGUCACGCACACACUGUGCACUGAUGCCAUAUAAAUAGUCCGUUCGAUUCCUGCUGACACAGCUUUUUCACACACUCCCCAGGUGUUAAGGGAACCACUUCUCUUCUGUUGCGUUUGUCUCCUAAUUGCCUCAUUUCUCUCGUUGAUUACAAAAACGCUCAAAUAAUUUGAAGGUGAUUCUUAGCCGUAUGCACGCUUCUUUGUUUCAGGUGGAACAGACUCAUCUUAAAUGUCCGAGUCUUGCAAGUUGGAAUGCUCAACCAGUCUCUAAACUUCCCUUUUCUUGUAUUCUAUUCCGUUUGAAUUGUUUGACACCUUCAGGUAAAGUCCUAGAGUGUUGCCGUCUGAGCUCAGGUGGUUCUCGUGAACCCGCAGUAGAACACGUAUCGCAUUUAUUGUGAUGAAGUAGGGAAUUUAAUUGACGAAUCUGCAAUACAAAUGUUCGCAUUUGGCCCCUCUGCAGUGAGUAGUGAAUUAAAAAGAAGUUCUUUGGCAGCAGCAAUCAUCAUCCAAUUGUGCGGGACACUUUGGGCUAAAUUGAAGAGUGCUGAAACAGUGAAAAUGAAAUCAUAUCUGACACACUGAUGUGUCAUCAUUUUGGUCGAAGGCAUCUUUUCGUUUGCGGCGAUGCCUCCGACUUGAACACUGCUCUAGAUGGAGGGGCUCGUAAAAUGGGAAAUGGGUGAAUUUGUUUUUAUCUCCUCUCGCAGGAAAUAAUCUCACUUCCUUUGCCCUGGUGUGCUGGCUGUGCAUCUCUUUUGGCAGGAUUUGUCUUCCCCCUCACCAGAGACCAGCGGCUUCAUUCUGUGAGUUGCUCUUCAUCCCUUUUAAAAAAAAAUGAGGCGUAACAUUUGGGCCCCGACGGGCCAAGUGUCUUUUUGUCGUCAGCUACAACACUUUGGAGGCUUGAGACUCCCUUCAAACAUUACCAGCUUUCUUUAUAGUGUACUUGUUUUGUUAGGCUCCACUGGGCACUUCAUUAGUUACACAACCUCAUGACAUCCAAGAAUGGAUGUGGGUUGCAUUCUGUAUGAAAUUGAGUCCAGUCGUCUUGAAGCAGUUAAAAUGCCUGCAUUACCGGAUGGUAACCAGCAGAGGUGCUGUUGAGAACGACGAAACUUGGCUACUGGCUACAUCCAGUUAUCUGCCCAACGCAGUAGUGGAAUGGUCUUUAGAGCAUUCAGAUAAAUGGAAAUUUGAAAAACAUCAUAUAUAGUCAAGACAUCUGCCUCACGAUUUUUUGGAAGACUAAAUCAUCCUUAAGUCUAAAUGCGACUGUGAAUGUUUUUUUGGACCAUCAAGGAUUAUAUCUGAAUUGAAUUUAAUUUUUUUCCUCAAUGCUGCUGCUGAGCCUGCUGCCUCCAGCGUGAUGCCGAAAGCCUCCACGCCUUCAUUCACAGUGUCAGACCAGGACAGAGCUCCGAGCGAGGAUGCAAUGUGGGUGUGAAACAACAGUGCAGGCUCAGUGUGCAGGAAUCACGAGAAUGUCACUUGUCCACCCACGACGCCCACUAUGUCUUUCCUUGUCAUGGUGUUGGUCUGCUUCACUCACUCAAGUGUGAUAGGAACCAGACAACAGCCUACAUAUGCAGGUUGCUGUCUAAUCACAUUUCCCCAAGGUAAGAAGCAGCAGGAAAGAAGAAUGAGCGUAUUUGACCGACUGUCACCUUUAAUCCCUCGGCUGUCGGCGUCCUCCAAACAAGCAAAAGAGCAUCCUCAUCUUCCUCAUCCUCCUCAUUCUCCUCAUUCUUCAUCUGCUCUUUUGUUUGCUCCUGUCAAAAGGAAAGGGAUUGACAUCCCUCCGUUUAAACCAAAGGGUGUCAGUUUUGGGUCUGCUUCUUCAUCUUCGUGUCUUGGUCUUCCCACCACAUUACUAGACCAGACUGAGCCCCAAGCCAGGCUUAAUCAGAAAGCGUCCCUGGAUUUUCCCAGUAGAGAUCAUCGUGUUUAUCAGCCUGGAUAUGAGAAAAUGCACUGUGAAAACCAAACAGAUGCAUGGAUGACUCCUGAGGCCUCCAGAACAUGUUGGAGAGAAGAUCCCUUUGACCCUCAACUCAGGUGGCAUUCGAAAGAAGAUACUAAAAGUCCAUCAUCCAACACUUCAGUCAAUGUUGAAUCCAUAGACAAACAGAGAUUCUGGUCCACGCCUUGGACGGAUGUUGAUCUGGAACACAGUUGUCAAUCAAGAGAGAAGCCUCCAACAACGCAGGCUCCCUGGUGGACAUACAGAGGAACAUCAUUUAAGACAUGUCUGGUGCAUCCUGUGCAAACAUCUUCUGGACGGCACAAGGGAAUCUCAUCAGCAAAUGGUAGUGAAGAGCGUGACUUUCAAAAAGGAGCUCAUGAAGCUUGCACCAAACUGCAACAAGAUGCUUUCAACCUUGACAGGCCUUCACCUGAAUGCUCAAAAGAAAUUUGUCUUCCAGGGGAGGAACCAGAGGAUCCCUAUUACGUCAGCAUUUUCUACCCAGAUUCAGUGUAUGAAGCCAUGUCGGACAUAGUUCCUCCAGAAGUGAGACCCAAACCGGCCGUCCCUGCCAAACCCCCUAAUGUGGGUGCUCCCUCUCCAUCCAACCCCUUCCCGCCUCAAGGGCCGGGCAUAGGAGGAGUAGGUGGCGUAUCGGCGGCGCCUCCCAGUGCCAUCCCGGUGCCCAUCGGGAAUCACGGCCCGAGCCACGGGGGCGCUCAUGCCGGUGUCGCCUCUCACGCUGUAGGCCACAAUGUGAGCCACGGUGCGGGUCACGCUGCAGCCCACGUCGGUAGCCAUGGUCACGGCACCUCCAACAGCACCAGCGGCGGGUCCACUCUGCUCGGUUACAUCGGAAUCGACACCAUCAUCGAGCAGAUGAGGAAGAAGACGAUGAAGACGGGCUUUGACUUUAACAUCAUGGUCGUCGGUCACAGCGGUCUGGGCAAGUCGACCCUGUUGAACACCUUGUUUAAGUCGCAGGUGAGCAGGAGGAGUGCAGGAUGGUCCCGUGAUGACAAGAUCCCUAAAACUGUGGAGAUCAAAUCUGUUUCUCACGUUAUCGAGGAGGGCGGCGUGAAAAUGAAGCUUACUGUUGUCGACACGCCUGGAUUUGGGGACCUCAUCAAUAAUGACAACUGCUGGGAGCCCAUUUGCAAGUACAUCAAUGAGCAGUAUGAGAAGUUCCUCAAAGAAGAAGUGAAUAUCACCAGAAAGAAGCGCAUUCCCGAUACCAGAGUGCACUGCUGUCUCUAUUUCAUCUCCCCGACUGGACACUCACUGCGGCAGCUCGACGUGGAGUUCAUGAAGCGCUUGAGUCACUCCGUCAACAUAAUUCCCGUGAUAGCCAAGGCCGACACCAUGACCCCCGAAGAGAGACAGGAAUUCAAACAGCGGGUGAAAAAGGAACUGGAGAUGAACGGCAUCGAGUUUUACCCGCAGAAAGAGUUUGACGAGGACAUGGAGGACAAGAGCGACAACGACAAGAUCAGAGAGGCGAUGCCCUUUGCUGUGGUGGGUAGCGACAAAGAAUAUCAAGUGAAUGGCAAGCGCGUUUUGGGGAGGAAGACCGCAUGGGGAGUUGUCGAAGUUGAAAACAUGAAUCACUGUGAGUUUGCCCAGCUGAGAGACUUCAUCAUCAGGUCUCACUUGCAAGAUCUGAAGGAGGUGACUCACAACAUUCACUACGAAACAUACCGUGCCAAGAGACUCCAUGAGAACGGAGGCCUGCACCCCGUCGACUCCCAGGAAAGCAACCUGUAAUCACUCAGCGUUCGUCGACAGAUACGCUCGACAUUAUAUGAUCAUGACCGGCAUCGCCGCAUGCUUGAAACACACGUAAAUGUGUACAUAUCAGUGUCAUUUAUUGGUAUUUUUUUAUAAACCCUCCUUGCUUGUCAAAGUAAGUUAAUAUUUGGGUGUGCCACCCAGCGUCUUGGUGCCAUGAUAUGAAAGACUGACACUGACUGGGAAGUGUUUGUAGGUUCGUCGAAGCAUAGGAUCUGUCUCAGUGAGAAUGCCGUUAUGUUUAGUCUGUAGGUUUUGUGACUGAUGGACGUAUAGGAUCUUUUCAUUACUUUUGUUUGGCAUAUACAUUCGAUCAGGUUCAAAAUUAUUAUUUUUUUCUAAAGAAGCUACAAUUGCACUUAAAUAUAUUUCAGUCAACUCAAUAGGAAGAGCUCAAACCUGUUAAGGUUGGGUAAAUCUUUAAUUAACUCCGACUAAUCGUGACGUCAUUAAAGUGCCAUACUACUUUCUACCGCUUAGUGGCAGCACUCUUCCACUGUAUCGCUCUGAACCAUCGCAAGAAAAUUCCGGUAGAAUAUUUGUUUUUUUGCCUACGGUCAUUAUUUAAAAUUUAGUCCAUAAUUAGCUGUUAUUAUGUGAUUCCAAACUACACGUAGAACACAGGAUUCCAACAACAUGCUAAGUCUAAAUGUCAUGGAAUUUCUGCUGUUGUUUACAAAUAUGACAAAACUUCAGGCACUUUUAUCAAUCAGGUUCGUUUUUUCAAAAGUCAUGGUUUUAUACAAACGUGCACAUUAGUGUGGUUUUUAUUUGAGAUAUGAGGUGUCUGAUGCAAUUUGAACGUGCUUGUGAUUUUGUUGCAGUCGGGUGAGAUGUAAAGAGCGUGUCACUUUUUUUCUGAUCUGUUCACUUUUUUGCAUGCUUGAAUCCAAAUUGUCUGUGUGCCUAACCAAUCACUGCUCUGUUACAUUGAUUAUUUCCAAAGGUUAAGUUAAAUACAAUCAUUGGAAUGAAACACUGCCGUCUGCAAACUAAAUAGGCAGCCCAUGAUUGAACAAAUCGCUCAUCCUUUCCAUUUGUAAUCGCUCACAACGUUUCGAAGUUGCUGUUAAUCGUUGAACGCAAUAUAAUUUGAAACAAUA